UAUUGUUCGCUGCAACAGCCGAGGCCACGCAAGCCCUGUGACUACUUGGGCGCUGGUGCCCCUCGGACCAUUUUCGCCUCGACAAGGGAGAUGGAAAACACUCGGCAAGAACAUGAUAUGAUCCCUCCCUCGCAGACUCCCUUACAAUCGAUCUUCGGUGGUCCAGCUGAAAUCAUCGACUAUGUUACCGAUGCCGAUUCCGAUAAUCAUCAGCAUGAGCCCCACAGCCCUCCCGACCUAAACGCAACUUCUGCGAAUCUCGCGGACAAGAGCCUGGCACCUUUUCUCGCUCGACACGUCCCCGAGCAAUACGGCGCCCUCGGACCGCAGAAUAAGGGCCCUAUCGAAAUGAGUGGUGUGGAUUCACGCUACUGCUAUCGUCAUAGGCCUGAUCGUAAAUGCAGACGACAAGCAGAUGAACCAACUAUGGACAAAUUACAACGAGAGUUGGAAACCCUUCCACAAAGCGAUCAGCAAGGUAUCGCGCAUGUCUGGUCCCUCUUCUCCGCCGCGCCAGCAAAACACCGGAAAUUGCUUCUCCAGGGGAUAAUGGCCCAAUGUUGCUUUCCGCAACUCUCCUUCAUUUCCGCGACCGUUCGAGAUCUCAUCCGCAUUGAUUUUCUUACCGCGCUUCCCCCGGAGAUAUCCUUCAAAAUUCUGUGUUACUUGGACACCACGUCGCUAUGCAAGGCUGCGCAAGUGUCACGACGUUGGAGAGCACUCGCGGACGACGACGUGGUUUGGCAUCGGAUGUGCGAACAGCAUAUUCAUCGCAAAUGUAAGAAGUGCGGAUGGGGGCUCCCUCUACUUGAUCGGAAGCGCCUGCGGGAGUCGAAGCGUGAGAUCGAGCUGCGCGCCACCAACUGGGAUCUUAGUGGACCGUCGGCUGGUCCCGCAGACAUCUGCAACGCUGAGACUGAUGCGGUGGCCUGUGUUAGCGCAAAUCCAGCGAAGCGGAAGUCUGAUUCGCCUGAAGAUGAAUCUGCUAUUGUCAAGCGCCAUUGCUCGUCUCUGACCCCGGCCCCCGGCAACGAUGAAGCCUAUUUCAAGACACGAUACAGGCCUUGGAAGGAAGUCUACAAAGAUCGUUUCAAAGUGGGAACGAAUUGGAAGUAUGGACGUUGCUCCAUCAGAAUUUUCAAGGGCCAUACAAAUGGUAUUAUGUGUCUUCAAUUUGAGGAUAACAUUCUUGCUACGGGGUCUUAUGAUGCCACGAUCAAGAUCUGGGAUACUGAGACCGGCCAAGAGCUGCGGACCCUCCGUGGGCACGAAUCCGGCAUUCGUUGUUUGCAGUUCGAUGACACCAAGUUGAUCAGUGGCAGUAUGGAUCGAACUGUAAAGGUCUGGAACUGGCGCACAGGCGAAUGCAUUUCUACCUAUACCGGUCACCGUGGCGGGGUCAUAGGCCUGCAUUUUGAUGCAACCAUUCUUGCUUCUGCCUCUGUCGACAAGACCGUCAAGAUCUGGAAUUUUGAGGACAAGUCGACCUGCCUUCUUCGCGGACACACAGACUGGGUCAAUGCAGUGAGGGUGGAUUCGACGUCUCGCACUGUCUUUUCCGCCUCAGACGACUGCACUGUUCGACUCUGGGACUUGGACACUAAGACCUGCAUUAGGACAUUCCACGGACAUGUGGGUCAAGUGCAGCAAGUCAUCCCGCUUCCUCGAGAAUUCGAAUUUGAGGAACAUGACGCGGAGUGCGAGAAUGACAAUGUUAGCACGAUCUCUGGAGACAUUGAGCCUGCCUCUCUCCAAGCUACACUUGGACUGGAAUCCAAUUCCGUCAUGUCUCAGAGCUCGCCUUUUGGCCCCUCUUUUGCCGAGGGCCGUCCAGCACCACCUCGUUACAUAGUCACCAGUGCUUUGGAUUCCACAAUUCGUCUGUGGGAAACAAGCACCGGCCGCUGCCUGCGCACUUUCUUCGGACACUUGGAGGGUGUCUGGGCUCUUGCUGCUGAUACAUUACGCAUUGUGUCUGGAGCCGAAGAUCGUAUGGUCAAAAUCUGGGAUCCCAGAACUGGCAAAUGCGAGCGCACGUUCACUGGACACUCUGGCCCUGUCACUUGCAUGGGACUAGGUGACAGCCGCUUCGCCACCGGCAGCGAGGACUGCGAAGUUCGGAUGUAUAGCUUCCAGAGUUGAAGUCGCGUCUUGUCUGUACGCCAACUUCAUCUUUUUCUUCUUUUCUUCAACUUUCUUUCACCAAAAGCCAACGCGGCUCUUUUAAUGUCUUUCUUCUUUUCAAACUUUUAUGAAAAUACCCAUCAUGUUUGUUGUUUUUUUGGGGCGUGGUAUGGAAAG